AUGUUCAGCACAUUUCGGGCUUUGUCACUGCCCGAAAAUGUCAUUGAAAGAGCUGUGUUGCCGAUGACAGAGAAAGGCAUAACGUGGUCACAUCACCCACGCACGCUGCACAUUGAAAGACCGACACAUCGGAUGUGCCAGAUCGUCAGUUCAACAUUCAACGAGUCGAGAAACGAUAGCCGGUUGCCCUUUGAUGCUCAACCCCUUGUGUCGUCAACUGGGCCCGUCACAGUGGAUUCAUUCGCCGCCGUUACUGAAACCGCCGAUCGACGUCGGCGCGACGUCGUCGACAGUUUUGACGACGACACUGCCUCAGCGUUUCGCCCGUAUUCAUGUGCGACGACAUCAGCCACCACAGCAGUCUACGCCGCCACCGCUGCUACAGCAUCAAUCUACUCGUCACAUCGCAUUCAACACUUCGACGGCGCAGAGUCGCAACCGCUCGACUUGAGAAAGCGAGACAUAAGUCCGUCAGCAAGUACGAGUACGACACAACAACAAGUUUUGCCCGUAUUCUCAUCGACUGAUGACUAUUACACGGCGAAACUGACGAACAUCGUGGAGGUCCAUACAGAAUCGAAUUCUCUUCUGAAGUCGUCGACGACAACGCAAACGCCUUCACCGAAAUCUCAAAAGGGCAAUUAUUUCCUCAUCGAAUCCCUACUAACACCUGCGCAUUCAUCCGACUUAUCAUUGGAUUCCACCUGUAAGGGAGUCGAUAGAGCACCUGUGUUUUUCGGGUGUUCGUUGGCAGCGUCGUUCAGAAAUCCAAUCGCCACUUUCGAUAUUCCGAAGCGUAGCAGAAUCGAGCCGGAGCGUGACGUCGCCCGGGCGCCGGCGCCAGCCGUGCUCAGUCCUCAUCGUUCCAACGGACAGGAGACGUUGAACGCUACAAGCUCGAUGAAGAAGCUGAAACGAGAACCGGACGAGACCACCAGCGCCACCAUGACGCCACCGCCGAACAUCUGCGUCGAAGACGAGCUUCUAAAGGCAUCUCUAUUUCCGCCUGUCAUCGCCUAUCCAGACCAGCUCGACCAGACGUCGAUACUCAACGAGCCGGACGACGAGUGCGCUCGGCUCGCCUCCUCGCUCGGAUACUUUCUUCUUGGUGAAGGCCACUGGGAGGACUCGGAACUAUCGAUUAGUGCAUACCGUAGCCGCAGCCCUGUUUACACUCCUCCUAUCGGUGCUGAAGUCGCGAAAUGA